UAGGUGGCGCUGAGGAGGAAGCCGGGUCUGUUAAAUAGUCAACACAAACACGACCAGGCUUUGCUCCUUCCUGCACAUGCGCACUACGUAGGGCAGGAAUGCGUGUGUUUUGUCCCCUCUGUAGUGCACUCGCUGUUUAGGAGCGGAGGCGUUUGGGACGCGUCACGUGAUGCGUGCGUGUGUGUCGGCUUCUCUUUCCUCAGCAUCUCCGUCAUCAUCAUCAUCAUCAUCAUGAUCUCGGUGAUGCUGAGCAGCUCCUCGGUGAUGAUGGUGGUGAUGGCGUGUGUGGAUGUUGUCUGAGCGCCUGGAGGAGAGGAGGAAGAGGAGGAGAGGAGGAAGAGGAGGAGAGGAGGAAGAGGAGAAGAAAGACGGGACGGAAAUCGUGCUCGGUGUCGGUGCGUCGCUCCGGUGGAAUGAGAAGCUGCUGCUGCGACCAUGAUGGAAGGACUGAAGAAGCGAACCCGAAAAGCGUUCGGGUUACGCAAGAAGGAGAAGGACACUGACUCCACAGGAUCACCAGAGAAAGACAGAUCAAAGAAAGCCAACGGAGCUCCGAACGGGUUCUACGGAGAGAUCGACUGGGAUCGAUAUAAUUCCCCAGAUCUGGAUGAUGAGGGGUAUAGCAUCCGACCUGGAGAGCAGGGAGGAACUCCAGCCAAGGCUAAAACGUUCUUCUCAUCCAGCGAGUCAGAGGGUGAGGAUGAGCCAGGGAAAAAGUUUAAGAUCAAGAUCAAGCCCCUGGCACCCGAUUACGGCACUGUGUCCACAGUGGAUGAGCUGAAGGCCUCCGUGGGCACCCUGGCCAUCUCCACCUCGCCACUGAUGAAAAGUCCCAGGCGGAGCCCGUGUCCACUGAAACGAACGACCUCAAGUGAGGAGAUCGCCAGGCCGAGACGUUCCACUCCGACACCAACUCUAACUCCAGGGCCUGGUCCUGACACACCAAGUAAAAGAUUAUCAGACAACGCUUCGGCCUUUUUCGGCCCUCCGUUUGAGGCAAACUUUGAAGCACAAAAUUCAGAAGUGUUUAUAGCAGAGCCUGAGCUGUGGUGUCCAUCAACGCCACGCAACACUUCUCCACUGAACAGACGCUUCCCCACAGGAGCUCCACCUCCUCUUCCACCGAAGAACAUUCCUGCUACUCCACCCAGCUACAGAUCCAGCUCUUUGGAAUCAUCAGGUUAUUACAGUGUUGUUCCAACUGUGAGAGGAGAAGGAUCAUCUUCUAUAUACCGGGACGUUCUUCUAUCAGACCCGACAGGGGGACCCGCUGUUCCUGACAUGGACAAUGUAUUUGCCCCAUCAGAUACCCCCAAAUCUGAUUCAGAGAUUUUGCAGUCCAACUGGGUCAGUUUCAGUGCUGGGACAACCUCCAGGCCUCCACCACCUAAUGAGCCUGCCCCUUCCCCACCUCUCUUGUCCUCUUCCGAGGACACACCUCCUACUUCUCCUCCUGCCUCAUCCCCACCUCCUUUGCACCCUAUCCCCCCACCUGAAUCACCUCCUCCACCACCCCCAGAUUCCUCCCCAGACUCCCUGUCUCCUGAUGGCCUGCCACCCCAGCAGCAUUCUACAUUUCACCUCCAAGAGUCUGGCUUUUUCAUGACUACUCCUCCCACUCUACCCAGCCCUGGCAUGCCUUUUUUGCCCACUGUGCCACCUCCUCUGGGGCCACGAGAUGACUCCAGAAGAACACCAGACUCUUUUGGGCUAAGAGAGGAAAUCCUCUCACUUUCCACCUCGCCCAAGGACAUUGGAUUAGUGGGUUUGCGUGGCACACCACCUCCACUGCCCCCUCUGACCUACAGGAGUGUGGUUGUCUCCCCAGGGCCUGGUAGCCGGCCUUCCUCGCCUGCACGUCCUGGCACUCCUUUAUCAGCAGGUAGCCCAAUACCACCGCUCCCACCCCGGCCAUCCUCCCGGCCCAAACUCCCCCCUGGCAAACCAAAUGUGUCAGACUUGGCUUGGCCCUUAAGUGCUCCUGUCCACUCGUGGAGUCCUCCUCCCUUUGCUCCUCUGGCCCGAGCAGAAAGCAGCUCCUCCAUUUCUUCUAUCACUUCCCAUAGUGCUGCUUCUACACCAACGCUUGGCAGAGAGUUCAACCUUUCUGUCUCAGCCUGUUCUCGAGGACCAAGUCCGCUUACUAUGGGCCCCCAGGACACUCUCCCGGUGGCAGCAGCUUUCACAGAGACCAUCAGCGCCUACUUCAAAGGAGCAGACCCCAGCAAGUGCGUGGUGAAGAUAACUGGUGAGAUGAUUCUGUCCUUCCCAGCAGGCAUCACAAGACAUUUCUCAAACCAGCUAAAUCCUCCUGUACUGACCUUCACCAUCAGUCAUUACAGUCAUCUGGAGCAGGUCCUUCCCAACCCUCAGCUGCUCUGCUGUGACACGAUGCCUGCCAUCUCUGACUGUAAAGAGUUUCGGGUGAACAUGCACAACCUGAUGGCUCAUCUCAAGAAGGUGUCUGACCAGAGGCCCCAGGCCACCUACUACAACGUGGACAUGCUGAAGUACCAGGUAUCGGCCCGAGGCAUCCAGUCGACUCCUCUGAACCUAGCAGUAAGCUGGCGUGGUGAUGCUUACAGCACUGACCUCAGGAUAGACUACAAAUACAACGCAGAGGCUAUGACCAGCCCCACACCCCUCACCAACAUCCAAUUCCUGGUGCCGGUGGACGGUGGUGUUAGCAAACUGCAGGCCAUGCUGCCUCCAGCCACAUGGAACCCGGAAACCCAGAAGAUACAAUGGAAGAUCUCUGAACUCUCGCAGAAAUCAGAAAACGGAGGAGUGGGGGCGCUGUUGUGUCGCUUCCAGCUGGCAGAAGGUCCGAGUAAACCAUCCCAACUGGCCGUGCAGUUCACCAGUGAGGGGAGCACUUUGUCCGGCUGUGACUUCCAUCUGCUGGGAAGUGGAUACAGACUGUCCCUGGUGAAGAAGCGCUUCUCCACAGGUAAAUAUUUGGCAGAUAACUGACGUCAGCAUCACGCGGAACAGACGGAGUGACCACGCCUUCACGUUCACUGCUGAACAGACUUCAAGAUGUUUUUAACCUUCAAAGCAAUCUCUCCGGCAUAGAAUAUCGUGUGUGUGUGUGUGUGUGUGUGUGUGUGUGUGUGUGUGUGUGUGUGUGUGUGUGUGUGUGAAGGCAACUUCAGGACAAAUGCAAUACAGCAAAUUUCUUUUGCUGGGUUUAUGCACGAAGGCAGAGUUUCCUCUCAGAGCUUGAUAAUAUAUAUGUGUGUGUGUGUGUGUGUGUGUGUGUGUGUGUGUGUGUGUGUGUGUGUGAAUUUAUAUCCUGGGCAUGUGCCGAUAAUCAGACAAAUAUUGCGAUUCUCACUAUGGAUUUUUUGAGUUUUUUGUAGAAAGAAUUAUUAAAAUCCAAACAGAAAACUGUCAAUUAAACUAAAACACUUAUUUAUUUUUAUUUCGUAAAGGUGGAGUUUAGCUAGCAAGUGUUACAGGACCUGAAGAUGACCAUGUAAUAUGCUAGCUUUAAAAAGCUGUGUUUAGAUUCACACUGAUCGCUAACAGGAUCGUUAUCUAACACCAAGUUUCUAACACCUGACUGUUAUCUUAGCAUUUUGAAGGCGGUGAAAUUCGUCUCGAUUUUUUUUGCAAGCUGGUUAGCGUUAGCGCCAUACAGUAUAUUUGCACAAUAUCAAAUACAAUGCCGGAUAAAAUGCUAGGUAGCUAUUAGCUUGAGGUCAAAGGUGACUAUAAUGCGAUGUGACGGGCUCUAGAGCUGUUUGUUUGAUAUUUCUGCGAGGAUAAAUUGUAAAAACGUAAUGGAGUAGAUCGGGAUGUACAUUGUGAUCUUGCUAUCCACGUUUAGUUAGCUAGCUAGUUAUGGUGGGCUGCUGAUGAAUACAGGGGGUAACAAUAAAAACAUAAAAUCGGCACAGGCCCAGAGAUAUUGUGUUUAUCCCAGAGUUUUGAUUUACUGAUGAAAUUGUACAAAUAUAAAAGGUGAGGUGACAUUUGUUAUAUUUCAAAAUGUUUUUUUCCCGAACAAACAGUGAAAAUCCCAUAGAAAUGAUACUGAAUACAUUUUCUAAACAAAUGUUACAUUCAGGAGGAAUUUUAUUGGACUAAAUCAGAACAGAAGGAAACAUUGUACAUGUGUCUUGUUAGAGUUAAGAUAUCAGAGUCGUUAUCGUCUGUCUGGGGAGAAAAUAACCACACCGAGACGAUUUUCCAUAAUUCGAUUUAUUAGACAUAAACUCUGGAAAUGAACAUUUCAUACCAAUGCCUGGAUAUUUUCUAACCCCGUGUCUUGAAUGGAAACAUGGCCGCGUUCCGCAGAGUCUGCGUCAGGAUUUAAUGCAGCAUUCCGUAGUACGAACUUUUUUAUUUUCCACAAUGUGGACUUUUUUAAUGUUUUGUUUCUUUGUUUGUUUGUUUGUUUGUUUCCUGUAGCAAUAUUGAUGAUUGUUGUAUAAAUGUAAGAUAAAAAUUGUUAUAUGUAUGUCUAAACGGAUGUACAGCUCCUACGUAUUAUCGCGCACCAAUGUUUAGUAGUUUGCUGGAAAAAAUCAUGACAGCACUUUAUUUAUGAGGUUUGUGUUUUUCGUUUGCCGUUAUUGAACUUUUUAAAAAGAAGUACACAAACGCCCAUUUUACAUAUAUAUCUAAAAGUCAGAACUGGGUUUUUUUCCAGCAUGUACUGUACUGUAGCGUAGCCGACGAUGCUUUGGCGUAAUCAAGGAGUCUGUUUUAUUUAUCGUGAAGUCUUUUCAAGUGAACAAAAUAGCCUGCGAUUGGGUCGAGCUCGUUCAUCUGAACCACCAGGGGGCGCUUGGAUAAAAGCCCCAGAUGCCCACCUGGUGAUUCAGUAGGAUCGCUGGUUCGGGUUUUACAAAUUCAGACUCAAUUACAGACCAAGCCAUGUUACUAGCUACAGUAUUUAUUUAUUUUUUUUUUUUUACAAAAGGAUUGAAAUAUAUAUAAUUAGCAUUUAUACAUUUUCUUGAUUGAGAACACUUUUCGCUACACAAAGGCCAUGAUAUAUUUGAUUUACACCCUGCUGUCUGUGUAAAACAUAGCAAUGUAAGAUAAGCAAAAGGUUUUAGAACCUUCCAGAAAAGAACCUGUCACAUACGCUGGAGGUUCAGAAGUAAAUUCUCGCAUAAAAUUUGGGAAUCAUAGAUACAAAGUUCCUCCAAAAUUCACAGCCACAGUCCACAGCUCUCCUUCAAAUUCUUUAAAAUAAAAGACAAUACAUCAUCCUUGUCUGACAGAAGGAUUUGCUUUAUUGAUAACUAGCAUAACGCUAACCCAGCUAAUUUCUAGGGUUAGCAACAAACUUGCGCUUGUAGAAUCGUUAACAGAAAAUGUUAACUGGCUAAAAGACUAAAUCACUAAAUAAACCCGAUCUCAAAAAUGUGCUUUUGAAUUAUAGAUCAAAAGUUGCUACCUAGAUUGUAAAAUGCUAGCUGCUAGUCACUUCCUAGCUGAUGUGGUUAACAGUGCGGAGAUGGAGAUGUUUGGGUUUAACGUCCACGAUGAUGCUUGACGUAGCAUCCUGUAACGCCAACGCUAGCAUAACUUCAUAGCGCUGAUUAUGUUGUUAGCAUUCUGUGGCCUUUGUUUUGUAGGGAAAUUGUGUGUUUUUUCCCCAUCAGGCAAAUCUAUAAAACAUCCGUGUUACGUUUCUUUUCAAAAACUGCACAUCGUCUGAACACUAGCGGAACUAGCAUCGUGGCUAAUUCUUUUAGUCGUGGAAUUUCACAAAACUUACAGAAAUGAUCCCGAAAUUUUUACAUGUUUAUCUAAAAAAUGUCAGGAUCACAGUGUUAAUGAGGUGUUGUGUUGUUUUAGUACAAAAAAAAUGCUAAUGAAUUUGAUCAGGAGGAAUCGGGAAUUUGGCCACCAUUUUGUUUACAUUGUUAAACCAUAUGAUUAUUUACACAUUCAUUUUUUUCAACAUUGACUGCAAAGGGACUUUUUUUUGUGCCAUGUGUGUGUGUGUGUGUGUGUGUGUUUCACCCCACAGAAAAGUCUGUGUGUAAAGUGAUAUCUGUAUUUAUUAUCAGUUGCAUCUUGUUCAUUGCAGAUGAAACAGAAUUAUGCAAAAGCGUUUAACGUGUAGGAAUUGACCUCCAGCGGGUCGACCAUGAUAUACAGAUUGAAAACGAUAGGUAUAUUAAAGGUGUAAUAUAAAAUAUUAACAUAAAAUAAACGAGUUGAAAGAAAAACACACACCAGUGUGG